AUGGACCAGCUCUGUGAAGCAAAUGGCACCUUUGCCAUCAACUUAUUGAAAACACUGGGUGAUGAGAACAAGUCCCAGAAUGUGUUUUUCUCUCCACUGAGCAUCUCCUCUGCCCUGGCCAUGGUCCUCAUGGGGGCAAAAGGGAACACAGCCACCCAGAUGUCCCAGGCACUUUGCUUGAACAAAGAUGAGGCUGUUCACCAAGAUUUCCAAUCGCUUCUCGCUGCAGUCAACAAGCCCAGCUCCCAGUACACGCUGAGAACUGCCAACAGGCUCUUUGGAGAAAAGACGUGUGAUUUUCUGUCAGCCUUUAAGGAAUCCUGUCAGCAGUUCUAUGAGGCUGAACUGGAGGAGCUGCCCUUCUCCAAAGAUGCAGAAGAAUCCCGGAAACACAUAAACGACUGGGUCUCGGAGAAGACAGAAGGGAAGAUUUCCGAGGUGCUGGGUCCUGGGGCCAUCGACUCCCUGACGAAGCUAGUCCUCGUGAACGCGAUAUACUUCAAAGGAGAGUGGAAGGAACAGUUUGACAAAAAAUACACAAGAGGAAUGCCCUUUCAUUGCAACCAGCAACAGCAAAAGACUGUGCAGAUGAUGUUCAAGAAGGCGGAGUUCCGGCUGGGCUCAGUGGACGAGGUGCACGCCCAGGUCCUGGAGCUCCCCUAUGCCGGGGAGGAGAUGAGCAUGGUCAUUCUUCUUCCUGAAGAGGGCAUUGAUCUCACCCAGGUGGAAAAAGAACUUACCUAUGAUAAGUUCAGGGCUUGGACGAGCCCAGAAAAGAUGCCAAGAAGGAAGGUUCAAGUUUUCCUCCCUCGGUUAAAGCUGGAGGAGAGUUAUGACUUGGAGUCUUUCCUACGGAGUUUCGGAAUGACGGAUGCUUUUGAGGAAGUCAAGGCUGACUUUUCUGGGAUGUCAACUAAGAAGAAAGUGCCCGUGUCCAAGGUUGCACACAAGUGCUUCGUGGAGGUCAACGAGGAGGGCACGGAGGCAGCUGCGGCCACAGCGGUGGUCAGAAAUACCCGGAGCAUCAGCCUGGAGCCCAGGUUCUGUGCAGACCACCCCUUCUUGCUGUUCGUCAGGCAUCACUGUACUGGCAGCAUCCUCUUCUGUGGCAGGGUCUCAUCUCCGUGA